UCAAAAUUAAUCUAAACUCUCAAAAAGUCAAAAAGUCAAAAAGUAAAAUUACAAGUAAUCGUUUUUCGGCGAAUUUUCUUCUUAGCGUUGUCUCCGGCACCAACACCCCUUAACACAGCCAUUUCCGUCAGAAGCGAAAAAAGAGAGAAAAGCUAGAAAAUUUGAAGAACUAGUUUAAGUUUUUGUUGCUCAAUGUUGAGGUCGUGGUGAUCGUGGUUCCAUUUCCGAGGUCAACUAGGGAUACAUUGUCCAUGAAAACCGUUCCGACAACUCCAAUCGCCAGGAACCGGAGGUCCGAGCGUCUCGAGAAGAAGACGCCGCCGCCGUCUUCAGCUGCUCCGGCGCCAGCGAGAGGGAGUUCCGAUCUGAAGAAGGUCGAGAAGUCUGCCUCGCUAGUGCCGACUCCUUUGAGGAGAUCUGGGAGGCUUUCCUCUUCUGGUUCUCCUUCCAAAGGCUCCAAUUCGAAGAGCUUUGGGUCUUGUUCUACAGAGGAGAAACGGAAGUGUGUGAAGCGGUUGAGAGCUCAAGAAGAAGAAGAAGAAGAGAUGGAGGAAGGUAGUGAGAAAGAGGAACGUGCAGGAAGCGAUUCUAAGGUUAACAAGAAGAGAUUGCAUGCGCGUGUAUAUCGGGCUUCGUUAAAAUCUAAAGGAGAUUUUUGUGGGGAAUCAAAUAAGAUGGAUAAGUCAACUCAGGAAGGUGAUAAGGAUAGUGGUAGCAAGACGGAAAAUGAUAGUGUAGUGCCAUCUGGAGAUGACAAAGCAAAAGAGAUGAUAGCCGAGUCUAGGUUUAGUGAUCCUGUGGAAGACUUAUUAUUGGAAAAUAAUGUGGCUCCAUGUGGUGCUACAACUGAUGAGGCUAGGUUGGCAUCUGAAUCGAAUCAGUCUGAUUGCCGUGGAGAGGAGACACCAGAGACAGCAGUGUCAAGGAAUACGAAGAGAUCCCAGUCUAGGUUGAGUGGGCCUCCAGAAGGACUAUCAGAAAAAAAUGCAUCUAGUGCAGCGCCUCAAAGUGCGCCUCAAAGUGAUCACUCUGAUUGCAAUGGGAACGAGACAUCACCGAUAAGGAAUUCUGUUUUCAAUGAAAGUUUGAUUCAGAAACGUGUUAGCCAUGAUAGGGGUGAAAAUUUGAUACCCUCAAAGAGAAAGGGGACCAUGGUGGACAUGCAUUCAGAUGUUUCUGCUACAUCGGUUGAUGAUGAAAACUGCAACUUGGCUGUGGAUGCUGACCCUUCAAAGCUGUGUGGUAGUACUGGAGGGACCAAUGGACCAUGCUCUAAAAGGAUAAGGCGGAUCUCUUUAUCAGAUGUGCAAAGCGAUCAAAGGAAAUUGAUCAGUAACGUUGACCAGCUUUCUCCAGGAGUUGAUGGUGUAAAGCUAUCUUCUCGAGACAAGGAAGGCAAAUCUCAAGGUAAUGAUGCUGAAUAUAUAAGGAAACAACAGAGGUGCUUAAUACUUCUACUGCAGCCGGAGAUAGCAAAGCUUUGUGAACUUCUUCUUUUACCAGACAAUGUCAAGAAAAUGGCUGAUUCUUGUCUUCAAUAUGUUCUGAACAAUCGUCAAAUCUGUACAAAACCAGUCUCAAUAUUGCAGGCCUUUCAAUUAUCUUUGUGUUGGACUGCUGCUUCUUUGCUAAAGCAUAAACUUGAUUUUGAAGCUUCCAUCAAGCUUGCAAAGCAGCAUUUGAAUUUCACCUGUAAAAAAGAAAUGGUGGAUGAAAUUUAUUCAAUGCUGUUGGGACUGAGAGAAGAGAUUUUAUCCCACAUUUGUGGCAUCAUUGAUUCUUCAAAAGCUCCUGAAUCAUCAAACCGGGUUUAUUCCUAUAGUGAAGUGGCACCGGUAGUUGAUUCAGCCAACAAAGAUACUCCGGAAAGUACUAAAGAAAUUCCAGUGUGUGAAAACCAGGAGGGGAACAUACAUCUGAUGCUACAGGAAGAAAAACAAAAGCUUAAAGCAGCUAUGGAGAAAGAGAAGACUGAAUUUGAGAGAAGGGUUAAACUCCAGUGGGCAGCUAUUCGAUGUUGUUCUCCUAAUGAUGUGACGAGGAGCGAAAAACUCAAGCUUUUCACUAGUGAGUAUGAAAAAAGAGUACGAGAAUUAAACCGGCAGCAUGAAAUUCGUCUCAAGGAUCUUGAGGCCAAACAAUUAAAAUCAUUGCAGAAACCCAAUAUAGUUGAAGCCAUAUCAAGGCCAGGAUCCGAGGUUGGAUUAUCUAAGUCUCCUGACAAUUCCGUUGCAUUCCCAGCAGAUACUCUCUCUAAGCCUUGGUAUUCUAGAGAACAAUGUUCUGGUGGAGCCACAAGCGCAGAAGAUGAAGCACAAGGGAGUGAAAAAGUUAGUUGUGAAUCUCGUAAUGGAGAGAUAUGUGAUCAGGAAACAUCAGAUGUUCCCAAUGGAGAGGCAGCUCUUUCUAUGUGUAAAUUCAACAAUCUGAAUGAUGAUCAAGAUGAAGUUCCUCCUUCCUUGAAUUCACAAUCAUCUUCAGAGCAUGUCCCAUGUUUACCUACCACUAGCAUGGUAAGUUGUAAGGAAGCUACAGUAGCUGAUGAGAGCAAUGUUUCAAUAAAUGUGGAGACUCCAAAUUUGCCUUCAUCUGAUGAAGGAAUUGCCUCUUUGAAUUUAAGAUCACCUCAAAACUGUGCCUAUAGUCUAAAUGAAUUGUGUUUGCAAAGUUCUGAGAAAUCUGCACAAACUUGCAAGGCUGUUGAUGGCAAUGGUUCAAACAAUGCUGUGUCUCAGAAUUCACGUUUAACUGACGAGAGAAUUGCUGCUGGCACCACAGUAGGUGUCCCAGAUGGAGAAGCACAUGUGGACAUGCUCGGGACUGUCAGUGACAGUCAUUGUCGAGAAAAUAUUACUGCUGUGAAUCCCUCUUCAUCCAUGCAGCAAAUACCCGAUGGUGUUGUCAAUGUCUUGGAUUUAGAAGAGUUGUAUAGACCAUGUGUAACUGAUGGUAAUGCUAUUACUAUCUUAAAUCAACCUUCGUUAGAGAAACAAAAUCAUGAUGGACUCUCAUCAUCAACUAUACCUGCUGGAGAAAUCACAAUUGAAGUACCCGAAACUGCUUUAGAGGCCUCAAUAGUUGUAUCAGAUAGGGAACUGUCUGUGGAAAUUCUUUCAUCACCCCUGAAUCAAACAUCUGUUGGAGCUUUCGGUCAAAGCAAUACAACUCCCCUUCCAACCACACCCUCUUUACCACAACAAAUUCCUGAUGCAAUAUUGCCCUGCAUGCCUGAUGGACAAAUUUCAGCAGAAGUGUCGGAAACUAGCCAUGAGGUGGCUGAAUGUCAGUUGACAGAAACAGUCAAUACAAGUACCACAUCAGACCAGCAGGAAGGAGUGGUAACCAUGACAGAGAACACUUCGGUCCAGGAGACUGCAAUAUCUAGACCUGUUGAUAUCACGGAGCCUCUGGAACAAUCGCAGCCAACAUCAUCUGUACAGUCCCUACCAGACACUGAUAGAGCGAGAGAAGUGCAGAACUCUUUGGUGUCUGGUCCAGUUGAUAUUGUACUAGAUAAUCAAUCCAAUAAUUCUUCACAGGUUGUUGAGCCUCAAGAGCAGGUGCAGCAAUUACCUGCUGUUGAGCUACUUCCUUCCAACCAGGAUCUGUCUCACUUGCCUUUGGCAGCGGGAGUCGAACAUCAGCAAACUAAUGGAGAUACUGUCCACAGCCAUCAUCUUGAGUCAUCAAGUGAAGUUUCAAAUGAAGCUGUAGGGCGGCAAUCCUCUACUUCGGAACUUGUUUCACACUCGCAUCAAGAUGUGCAAACAGCCUCGAAUCUGGGCCUUGUUUCAUCUAUACCUGGUGGAGUGAGAGCACAAUCUUCAGACUCAAGAAACUUAUCCACAUCCUCAGGGGUCAAUAAUCUUCACAUUCAAACUGCGGGCACAUCAGCUUCUGGGAUUGUUCCACCUAUAAGCCGUGAUCCACUUAAAAAUGAAUUGGACAGAAUACGGAGACUUGGAGAGAAAAAUAUGAAGAAUCAUGAAGAUGCGAGAUUGCAGUUGAAUUCUGAUUAUGAGAAGGAAUUGGCAGAACUUCGCAGGAAGUAUGAAGUUAAAUUACUUGACGCCGAGGUUGUGUUUCAGCAACAAAAGAUGGAGCUGGAUACUUACUAUAAAACAGUUCUUCUAAAUCAAGCCUUGGCUGAGGCAUUUAGGAUUAAAAAUCAUAGCGCAUCUGGUAAAUCAGGAAUGCAGAAAGAUGCAAGUUUUACGCAGCAGUUACUUCAGUUUAUAACACAGCGAUGUGCUUCUCGGCCCCCUCAGGUUGGUUCGCCUUCCCGUGGUCCUAUCGGCAGAUCUCACCCUGUGGCCCCCCCACCUCUGCGGCUCGCAUACAAUACAACUGGAGUUUUCUCCAGCGUUCCUGCAAGAUCACCUCAUCCCCAUCCCAUGCCUUCAUCCUCAGUAAAUUUUGAAGCUAGUGGAGAAAUCCGUGCUCCCGCACCACAUCUGCAGCCUUAUCGACCUUCAACACCUGUGCCUGCUUCUGGUACUGGUACAGGUACAGUUCCACCUGGGAUGCCAACUCACCCUGCAUUGGGUAACAUUUCUUUAAAUCCUGUGUCACUUCCUUCCCAGCCACCAUUGCAGUUGCCGAGGCACCAUCAGCCUGAUCCUCAUAGGGGUCUUUCGCCUGUGACUUCAGGUGGGUUACCCCCUCCUAACUUAUCUGCUAACAAUCAAUCUGAUAAGAAUGCGCCAAAUAUUUUGCCUCGUCUGUCACAAUUGGCUUCGCUGGACCUAAUGGCAAGGUUAGGCAGCGGCAGUAACAGACCACCACCCAAUGCAUCCGUUCAAGCUACAUCUGAUGAUGUAGUGUGUCUAUCGGAUGAUGAUGAAUGAUGAUCAGUUCCAUCGUUGAUUCCUUUUUUAAUUUUUUACCCCAACACUAGGGCCUAGGACAUUAAAUUGCAACCUUUCUUCCCCUACUAGAGGGGGCUUUCUGAGGUCUGACAUGAGUUUAGAAGGGCAGAUAUUAUGAUGUUGUUGGAGCCACGGUAGUGUUUUUCUGGAUAUUCUUGUAAUGUAAAAUGUAAAUAUAUGUAAUGCAGUUAAUUGUUUGUCUUCUC